AGCCCAUACGAGAUACUAGACUUACAGCAAGACGCCUCAGCGGACGACAUCAAGAAGAAGUAUCGACAGCUCUCGCUCUUCAUCCAUCCUGACAAGAAUCCCCACGCUCGCGCACCAGAUGCAUUCGAACUGCUCAAGCAGGCCGAGUCUCAACUCUCCGACAAACCGAAACGCGAAGAGAUUGAUGCAGUCCUUAACCAGGCUCGCAUCAUGCUGCUCAAGGGCUUGCAGCUCCCUACCACAACACAGGCUAACGACCCCAAACUAAAAGGGUUGAACCCUCCGUGGCAGCAACAAUUCUUGGCACAGGCAAAGGAACUUUUGAUCGAGGAAGAGGUCCGGCGGAGGAAGGCAAUCAAGAUGAACCUGGCGAAUGAGGGUCUUGAGGCAAAGAAGAAGGAAGAUGAAGUCAGCGCUAAGAAGCGCAAGGCAGAGGACGACGCGAGAUGGGAAGACACACGUGAACAGCGAGUGGGCAACUGGCGGUCGUUCGCGCAGGGCAAAUCUAAGAAAAAGAAGCAGAAAGUCGCCAUCCUCGGGUGAGCUUCUCGCAUAGAUAUGUCUGCUCGCGUGCCACAGGAACGCUGUAUACAAGGGGCCUUGCCUCGACCGAGAUGUAUCCCACCGCUCUCCGCAUUGUAGUAUCUGCAUACUGUAUCAUAUGUACAUAAGAUGUCAAUAGAACCCUCGGCCAUGAACCUGCUGACACAGACAAGAAGUAGGAAUCAUAUACAAGGGUAUCGGUACGUCCCACAGCACACUCACGACACAGCCGCA